UAAGGCGGAGUUAGCUGCUGCUUUUAUUCGAGUUGCCGCGAUAGGAGAACUGAGGUUGUUAUUCUGCUCGCCAUGAUGAAGGUUGGAGCAUUGCUGGUGUUGUUGCUGCAUUUGGCAGCGAUCGGGUUCUGCAAUGGACUCAUACGAAUUCCUUUGAAAAAAAUUCGUUCAGUUCGACGAAUCUUCACUGAUUCUGGGAAUAGCAUUGAGGAACUUGUUGCAGGAGACCAAAACUUCAAAUACAAUCUGGGUUUUCCACAAAGCAGUGAGCCCACCCCAGAAACACUGAAAAACUAUCUGGAUGCCCAAUACUAUGGUGAGAUUAGCAUUGGCACUCCUCCACAGACAUUCACAGUAGUAUUUGACACUGGUUCCUCCAACCUCUGGGUUCCUUCCAUUCAUUGUUCUCUAUUAGAUAUUGCUUGCAUGUUGCAUCACAAGUAUAAUUCUGACAAGUCCAGCACUUAUGUGAAGAAUGGAACUAAAUUUGCUAUCCAGUAUGGUUCUGGCAGCCUGUCAGGGUUUCUCAGCCAAGACACUGUCAUGAUUGGCAACAUCAAAGUUCAGAAUCAGUCAUUUGGAGAGGCUGUCUCACAACCUGGUGUCACCUUCAUUGCUGCUAAAUUCGAUGGAAUUCUUGGCAUGGCCUACCCAUGUAUCUCGGUCAAGGGUGCUGUGCCAGUAUUUGACAAUAUCAUGAAGCAGAAAUUGGUAGAACGCAACGUGUUCUCCUUCUACUUGAACAGGAAUCCAGACACUAUGCCUGGGGGUGAACUCCUAUUAGGUGGCACUGAUCCAAAAUAUUACACUGGAGACUUCUUCUUCUUGAACGUGACCCGUCAGGCAUACUGGCAGAUCCAAAUGGAUGAAAUUGCUAUUGGUAAUACACUGACUCUGUGUAAAGGAGGGUGCUCGGCUAUUGUGGACACAGGAACCUCUUUGAUUACUGGACCUAAAGCUGAAAUUGAAAGCCUACACAAGUCCAUUGGAGCUGUACCAAUUACUCAGGGAGAAUACAAAGUCGAUUGUAACAAAGUCACCUCGCUCCCUCCCAUUAAAUUUAUGCUGGGAGGGCAGAGCUUUAUAUUGACUGGAGAGAAAUAUAUCCUUAAGGAAAAACAGGCUGGAAUGACCAUCUGUCUGAGUGGAUUCAUGGCUCUCGACAUUCCCCCUCCUGCAGGACCACUGUGGAUUCUCGGGGAUGUCUUUAUUGGGCAGUACUAUACUCAGUUUGAUCGUGAGAAUAACAGAGUUGGAUUUGCCAAGGCUGUGUAAUGGUGGCUCCUGCAUCAACAAUUUCAAAAGAAUAAUAAAAUUUGCACUUGUAUUCAGAUCCAUCUUGUGGCAGUGACCAAGAAUCCUUUUGAGGCUAAUAAAUACAUGACAAUGUU